UGUGAAUGGUUCGGCAGUCUUCUGGGACCUGUCACGAGUCCCAGAAGACGGGGAGGGAGGACAACUCCGCGAAAGUGGGAGCAGUUACCUGUCAAAUUCAGACUAUGUCCACAGUCUCUGGUCAUCUCCUGUACUGUGUCCGCAGUCUCUGGUCAUGUCCUGUACUAUGUCUGCAGUCUCUGGUCAUCUCUUCUACUAUGUCUGCAGUUUCUGGUCAUCUCCUGUACUAUGUCCACAGUCUCUGGUCAUCUCCUGUACUAUGUCCGCAGUCUCUGGUCAACUCCUGUACUGUGUCCGCAGUCUCUGGUCAACUCCUGUACUGUGUCCGCAGUCUCUGGUCAUCUCCUGUACUAUGUCCGCAGUCUCUGGUCAUCUCCUGUACUAUGUCCGCAGUCUCUGGUCAUCUCCUGUACUAUGUCCGCAGUCUCUGGUCAUCUCCUGUACUAUGUCCGCAGUCUCUGGUCAUCUCCUGUACUAUGUCCGCAGUCUCUGGUCAUCUCCUGUACUGUGUCCGCAGUCUCUGGUCAUCUCCUGUACUAUGUCCGCAGUCUCUGGUCAUCUCCUGUACUAUGUCCGCAGUCUCUGGUCAUUUCCUGUACUGUGUCCGCAGUCUCUGGUCAUCU